GCCGGGGAGGAGGGGGCAGCCUGGACUGGAGAAGACUUGAUCUGGUCCAACGGCGCCCCGAAUCGGCUCCUCUUGCCUUUUUUAUUGUUGGAGAGUACAAGAAAGGCUUCAGGAUGGGUAUUGGGGCAACUCCUGUAAACUGAAUACAGUUAUGGCCACCCAGGUAAUGGGGCAGUCUUCUGGAGGAGGAGGCCUGUUCAGCGGUAGUGGCAACAUUGGCAUGGCCUUGCCUAAUGACAUGUAUGACUUGCAUGACCUCUCCAAAGCUGAAUUGGCUGCACCUCAGCUUAUCAUGUUGGCAAAUGUGGCCUUAACUGGGGAAGUAAAUGGCAGCUGCUGUGAUUACCUGGUUGGCGAAGAAAGACAGAUGGCAGAAUUGAUGCCUGUUGGAGAUAACAACUUUUCAGAUAGUGAUGAAGAAGGACUUGAGGAGUCUCCUGAAAUAAAAGGUGAACCCAGUGGAUUGGAAAACAUGGGACUGGAAAGUUUGGAACUCAGUGUUGCAGAAUCACAGCCUGUGUUUGAGAUGUCAUCUGCCCCAGAAAUUUACAGCUCAAAUAAAGAUCUUCCUCCUGAAACACCUGGAGCAGAGGACAAAUGCAAGAACUUGAAAACCAAACCCUUUCGCUGUAAGCCAUGUCAGUAUGAAGCAGAAUCUGAAGAACAGUUUGUGCAUCACAUCAGAGUUCAUAGUGCCAAGAAAUUUUUUGUUGAAGAAAGUGCAGAGAAGCAAGCAAAGGCCAGGGAAUCUGGCUCUUCCACUGCGGAAGAGGGAGAUUUCUCCAAGGGCCCCAUUCGCUGUGAUCGCUGUGGCUACAAUACCAAUCGAUAUGAUCACUAUACUGCUCAUCUGAAACACCACACCAGAGCUGGGGAUAAUGAGCGAGUCUACAAGUGCAUCAUUUGCACUUACACCACAGUAAGCGAAUAUCACUGGAGAAAACACUUAAGAAACCAUUUUCCAAGGAAAGUAUACACAUGUGGAAAAUGCAACUAUUUUUCAGACAGAAAAAACAAUUAUGUUCAGCAUGUUCGAACUCAUACAGGAGAACGUCCAUAUAAAUGUGAACUUUGUCCUUACUCAAGUUCACAGAAGACUCAUCUAACUAGACAUAUGCGUACUCAUUCAGGUGAGAAGCCAUUUAAAUGUGAUCAGUGCAGUUAUGUGGCCUCUAAUCAACAUGAAGUAACCCGCCAUGCAAGACAGGUUCACAAUGGGCCUAAACCUCUUAACUGCCCACACUGUGACUACAAAACAGCAGAUAGAAGUAACUUCAAAAAACACGUAGAGCUGCAUGUUAAUCCACGACAGUUCAAUUGUCCUGUGUGUGACUACGCAGCUUCCAAGAAGUGUAAUCUGCAGUAUCAUUUCAAAUCUAAGCAUCCUACUUGUCCUAAUAAAACAAUGGAUGUCUCAAAAGUGAAACUAAAGAAAACCAAAAAGCGAGAGGCUGACUUGCCUGAUAACAAUAAUACCAAUGAAAAAACAGACACAGAACAGACAAAAAUAAAGGGAGAUGUGGCUGGAAAGAAAAAUGAGAAGUCUGUAAAAGUGGAAAAAAAAGAUAAUGUUUCAAAAGAGAAAAAGCCCUGUAGUAAUGCUUCAAUCCAAGUGACUACCAGAACUCGCAGAUCAGCAAUGGAAACUAAAGCGGUGGAUGUGCAUACAGGAAAUAAUUCAGAAAAAACCUGUAAAACCAAGAAAAGCAAAAGGAAGAUGGAAGCUGACACCCAUUCCUUACAAGAUCCUGUUCAUGAUGAGGACCCUGUGACAAAAAAGAAAAAGACAGAAAGCAAAUCCAAAAAUAGUCAGGAAGUGCCAAAGGGUGAGAACAAAAUAGAGGAGAUUAAAAAGCAAAAUACUUAUGUGAAAAAAAGUACAAAGAAGAAAAUUCUGAAAAAUAAAUCAAGUAAAAAAAGCAGCAAGCCUGCUCAGAAGGAGACUGCCCAAAAGGCGUCUGCUCAGUCAGAGUUGCUGCCUCCCAUGGAGCCUUCUCAUUCUCAGAUGAAGCCUGCUCUGACAGAGCCUCCUCUUCCCACAGAGCCUCAGAUGAGGCCUGCUCAGACAGAGCCUCUGCCUCUCAUGGAACCUGCUCCAAUGGAGCUUGUUCAGAUGGAGGAGCCUCCUACCAUGGAGCCUUCUCCUCCUGUGGAGCCUUCUCCUAUAGAGCCUCCUUUUCACAUGGAGCCGAUUACUAAAAAGUCUCCUCGAAAAGAUAAUAAAAAAGAAAAGUCUAACAUGCAGAGUGAAAUGGCACGGAAGGAGCAAGUCCUUAUUGAAGUUGGCUUAGUACCUGUUAAAGAUAGCCAGCUCCUAAAGGAAAGCGUGGGUGCACAGGAUCUCUUAGCACCAUCACCACCGCUGCCAAAGGAAAACUUAAAAGAAGAGGAGUCAAAAGACCAAAAAUUACUCACCCAAGGUGAAGAAAAUAAAGAAGCUCCUCUUCAAAAAGUAGAAGCAGAAGAGGGAGAUAAGAGUCUAGUUGGUCUUGCUGCUGUUAUCAAGGAAUCUGCCAAUAUUUCAUCUUCCGAACAAAACUUGAAUAUACCAGAGGGUGAAACUUUAGAUGGCAAACUUCAGGCUGACACUAGGCUUUGUGAAAUGGAUACGGAUACUGAAGAGAACAAAACAGAGAACACCACUGGUAAAGACUCAGCAGUCGAAGAACCAGUUUCACCACUACUUCCUCUACCAAUAGAAAAACGUGAAGCAGGGUCCAAAACUGCUGUGGCAUCACCUCCCAUUACCAUGGCAAUAAAUGAGUCUCAGGAAAUGGAUGAAGAUGAAGGCAUCCAUAGUCAUGAUGGAAGUGACCUAAGUGACAACAUGUCAGAGGGUAGUGAUGAUUCUGGAUUGAAUGGGGCUCGACCAGUUCCACAAGAAACUAGUAGAAAAAAUGCAAAGGAAGCCUUGGCAGUCAAAGUAGCUGAAGGAGAUUUUGUUUGUAUCUUCUGUGAUCGUUCUUUUAGAAAGGAAAAAGAUUACAGCAAACACCUCAAUCGUCAUUUGGUUAAUGUAUACUUCCUUGAAAAAGCAGCUAAAGGGCAGGAGUAAUUAAAAUUUGGAAAAGGCUUCAUUUCUUAGUUUGCAAAAUUUAUUACAUUUUCAUUCAUAGUGGUAGACAACCUUUUAUUUUUAAAGUUGCUUUAAUUAGUGUCUGGUGUUAAUUUUUAAGUGGCACGCUUUUCCUUAGGACACUGUAUACCUAAUGAUGUGUAACUUCUAGUAAAUCCAAGGGAGUUAGUGUACUAAACCAGCAGACACCUAAAUCUGUUAGCUUAUGCAUUUAAUUGAAACUAGAGGGCCAAGGUGGUAUUAUAGCAUUCUUGUUGCUUUGUCUAGCUAUAACUUGUCAGUUUUUUCCCCAUGUCUGUCUUCCAUUUCAGUUUAGUUUAUUCUUAGUUUCUUGUUUAGCUCUAUAAAAAUUGGCAUACAUAACUAGCAAAUUACUUGAAGAAUUUGCCUGCUUUAUAUAAAGUUAGCACUUUAAAAUUUUUUUAGAGAUGAGAAGAGACAUUUAAAUUGAAGAAAAAUUCUCCCAACAAUGGACAUUGUUUCAGUCCAGGUAUUUACUUCUUGAGUUUUGAUCAUUAUUUCUUAUUUGUGUAUGUUAAUCGUCAUAAAAACAAUGAUUUUGGUGUAUUUUUUUAUUUUGGUGCUUUAAUGGCUUAAGAUGUUGCACAUUGUUUUUUUUUAACCUAUGCAGUUUAAUUUUUUCUAGAAAUAGUAUUUCUGUUGAACAGUAACACUUUAUACAUAUAUAUGCAUGUUUAUUUUAUUCUCUUUGGAGGGAUGCUUUUAGUCUUGUUUGCAAAAGGGCAGUUUUCUUUUUCUUUUGCUGCAGUUGUCUUUUUUUGCAGAUUAUUAGUGUGUGCAAGUUUGUGAGCAAAUGAAACAUGCAGGUUCGGUUCAUCGAUUUUGAUUUUCACAUCUUAUAUCUAUGCUAGAAUCUGUAUUUCAUAUGUUAUUUAUUUUAAAUGGAUGUAGUAGAUUCAUAGCUCUGUUUGCAGAUAAAUAAACCACUAGGCUCUAUAAUGAAUGGAUUUUUAUCUCAAAUACCAACCAUAAGUAAAAGUUUUUAGCCUGCUUUAUUACAGCUACAUCUUAAAUGUACAGUGUUAAGUCAUAUCUUUGAGGAAAACCUUUUUUUCGUAGAUGGUUGGUGUCCAUAAGGCUACUCAACUGAGUAAAGAACUAUAUAAGUGAUAUUUUGAAACUGCAAACCUGGAAUUAGGAGACCGUUACUCCUUCAAGCUAUACAGAAUAUCAGUUGUGAGAGUCCAAAGCCAUAGCAAUUAUAAGGAAAACCUAGCAUGAGAAAGGUAGUAUUGAGUGCUUUUAGACCAGCUGCUACUUCCUAUGAAUACAGUGAAAAAGGCUGGUGGAACUUAAGUACAGUCCAGAUUUAAAAUCACACUUUCUCAGGGAUCUCCACAAAUUAGUGGGUUUCCUGGCUGUCCCUGUGACAGCCUCUUUCUACAGGUGAGGCCUCAAAUGAAUUGCAGCUAUCCUGGUGUUCCUAUGGGGAAGCUUUGUAUGAAAGAGUGCGUACUCCCAAACUUUUUCGGUAGGUUCUUUGGCCAGUUGUCAAAGAAUAUGAAAGAGUCCAACAUAGGAUUUUUCUUGCUGAUAGUAGUUAUUCAUUGCAGUAAAAAUAAAAUAUGAUCCCAAUAGGGAAUCUUGAACAAUUCUAAUUUCCUAUUUUCUGUUCUGAAAUAACCACUUUAUAUUUAACUUCUUUUAUCUGGCGAUCUCUUUGAGGUGCAGUGCAGGUUUCAGAGUUUGGCAGUACAACAUAAAGAUUAGGAAAAGCAUCGAAGUGUGAGUGGAAAACUUGUUAAAAAUCUGAGAGUGAAGUUUGAGUUAAAAGACAUUUGAACUUUUAAUUGACUGGGAGGCCAAAGAUUUCAAAGAAGAAGAUUCUCUCAAGACACAAGGAGUAAGUUGUAUGUUAAUGAUGUAUGUUUUGUGUGCAUGAAUGGGAAUUUGUAAAUGAUGUUGAAUUCUAGGUGAAUUCUUGGCUCCGACAAUCAUUGUCAACAGAAGAUCAAGCUGCAGAUAUUUAUGUUUUAAAACUUAAAUUAUAAAGCUAGUUAAAUCUUUCUAACAACUAGUUUUAAUAUUCAUGGGUACAUUUUAUAUAAGUUACCUUUUACAUUAUAUAUGAAAACAUUCAUGUUAAAUACAGAUUGGAGAUUGGGAAUUAGUUUGGGGAAGAGAUUUUUGUGGAUUCUUUCAUACUACAAAAGAAAAAAAUUUGACUUCUGGAGAAUCUAGUUUUUAAGACUAGAAUGCUAAAAACAAAAAUAUGAAGGAAAUUAAAACCCCUUAUUGUUAAAUUAAUCUGUGAAAAUUUUGUUACUGGAAAUUGAGUAGGACUUGAGGCCUUUCUUCCGGAAAACGAGGACUUGAUUGUCAGGCCUAUAUUAGGUUCUGAACCUUAAUGCCAUGUAUUUGUACUUAUUAAAAAUUGUUUCAAUGAAAAGCAUAUUAGUAAUAUGAACUUCUGGUCUAGUCGGGAGUUCUUCCAUUUGAAAAAUGUGAUAUUUGCAUGAAACUGUUUGAAUCUUUUUGUUUUCUCAGUUUCCCUUCCACUGGAUAGAAUUGAAGCUAGAAUUUUCCCUUUUGAUAAAGGAAUAAAAAGUGAACAUGUUGCUUGUAAAUUGAUGUUUAGUAACUAGAGAUAAACUUGAAAUACUAGAAAUAUAUUAUAAGCCUAAUCCUAGGUAGUCUUAUCAAAAUGUAUCUCUUAACUAUCUUUUGAACCUAUAUUUACAUUGUUUUUCAAGAUUUUUUAAGUUAUAUUUUUUCCUCUUUUCAGAGCUGCUUCUUUGGGAUUACUUUUUUUUUUAAUUGAAGUGUAAUUCAUAAGGGGCAACAUUUUUUUGAUAAGGCUUCUUAUAGCUAUGGCCUCUUCGGAGCUGCUUUUUGGGGGCUUUUUUUUUAAUUGAAGUAUAAUUCACAAGGGGCAACAUUUUUUUGAUAAGGCUUCUUAUAACUAUGGCUGGAUGUUUUGCUCUAGUCUUCCAAGAGAGGGCCAUUUUAUUUUUGAGAGUUACUUCUAAAGUCAUGUGGUCUUCAACUCUGGGGACUGUUUUACAUGUGAGUGCUAAUACAUAUUUAAACUCGAGUAGACCUCGUCACAUGUUACCCCAUGAAUGUUGACAAUAGAAGGACUACCUUGCCUGUAAUAUAUAACAUCAGUUCUGGACUGAAAAGCUGGGGAAGAAACAUAAUUUUCUUUUUUUGCAUAAAUCAGAAAAAAAGUUAGGGUGUGGAGUUUCCUUGUUAACCUCAGCAGACAAACUGAACUGAUAGCGUUAAUUCAGAUUUAGGAAGUUAUCUGAAUCUUGGUUUGUGUAGAUUUGCAAUCUACAUGCAAUAUUUACUAAAUCAGAUAGCUUUCACAGUUUCAUGUGUACAUAGGCUCUCCCCACCUUCUUCAGCAUCCACUAGCUAUUGAACUGGCAUUGAAACAUUGCAACAAUGUUUUGUUGCAUCAGUUUUAUAAUUUUACAGUGCAAUACGUUGUUAUUUUUCAGAGACAAACCAAAGGUUAAUUUCUCAAGGUUCUUGCUGCCUGCUUUAGCAGCAUUUGGUGGAGGAUCUUUUAUAUACAUUUGUAAUAGAUGAAAAAUAAACCAGAUUGCAAAUCCUUUUUUUUUUUUUUUUAAUGCUUAAACCAUGUACCAAGAUUUUGGUCCAAAUUGUGUAGAAUAAGUUAAACUCAAAUUGCAUUCUAUUAACCUAUAUGAGUGUAUUUCUGUAAGCAUAGUUAUGUUGAAAUAAAGUUUUAAAAAGCA